UAGCAAUGGGGCUAUGGGAAUCUCCAAAUGUUUUUACAGGGCUUUUACUGUCUUCAAAAAAAGUUUAAAUUUGAACAGUAAUUUUGCUGUUUACUGUUUGAGCAGAUAAACUAUGAAAAGGAGAUGCUAAUUCAGAUUUACUUAUACUGGUACAGCACUGCUAGAGACACGGUAUAUGAACUACGGCAGUUAAAUACUGCAUAUGUUUAAGCAUAUUUAUAAGUGUAACAAAUCCCAUUAAGUUAUCUUUACAACAAAAACUGCCUACAAAAUGUGUAAGAAUGCAUGUUUGCACCUACAGAAAAGCUACAUAUUGAAAAAACUGUAUGAGUAUUACUAUGAAUAAAACAUGGUUAAAACCUCUGACAUUAUAUCGACCAGUUGAAGCAUAGCCACAUAUAGAGAUAAUAAUGUAACUAAGCCUUUUCUCUUCCCUUCCUCUGCAGUUCUUCAGUAGCCAUUUACACACCAAACGACAAUGGCUCUGACGUUCCACAAUCAGCUUAUCCUGUCCGUUUAUAUCGUGACCUUCGUGACGGGGUUACCCACCAACAUCCUGGCCUUUUAUACCUUCUGCAUGAAAGUCCGCCGCAAACCAGCUCCCAUCGACAUCCUCCUUCUCAACCUGACCAUUUCGGAUCUCAUCUUUCUUCUCUUCCUACCUUUCCGGAUGGUCGAUGUCCUCUCAGAGAGUUGGGUGCUUCCCAACUUCCUGUGCCCUUUGAGCAGCUUUAUAUUCUACUCCACCAUCUACAUCAGCACCCUCUUUCUAAUGGGGGUCAGCAUGGAGCGGUACUUUGGGGUGGCCUACCCUGUCCAGUACACGAUGAACCGCAAGCCCAUGUACGCUGCCUGGGUGAGUGUCUUCUUCUGGGUCAUAUCGACCGCUCACUGCACCACCAUCUACAUCGUCCAGUACCAGGAACCAGGGAAUGGGACUCAAAAUGUUUCCCUUUGCUAUGAUGGUUUCACAGAAAAGCAACUUGAUGUACUUCUGCCAGUCCGCUUCGAAAUGUUCUUUGUCCUCUUCUGCAUUCCCUUGCUGAUCACCUCCUUCUGCUACAUCAAUUUUAUCCGGAUCCUUACCACCCUGCCGAACAUCAGCCGGCAAAGGAAGCAGAGAGCCAUCGGGUUAGCUCUGGGGACGCUGCUGGUCUUCAUUCUCUGCUUCUGCCCUUAUAACAUCUCCCACGUGGUGGGGUUUGUGAAAUGGGAAAGCCCCACGUGGCGUGUGAUGACUCUGCUUCUCAGCACCUUCAACGCCUGCUUGGAUCCCAUCGUCUUCUACUUUUCCUCGUCUGAAGUUCAGAAAAACAUCAGAAACUGCAUAUCAGGCGUCCUAGGAAAGAUACAAGCCAUUGGUUUGUGUAAAAGACUUUGUCCGGCGGUGGCCACAGUUGGUCGAGCAGAUGGAGAGCAGCUUUAACAAUCUGUGAUGGGCCACCCUGCCAUUUUAGUAUGUGUUCUUGACUUUUGCUGUACGAUGCAAGCCUGAUUUUUGGAGCAAGUUUUCUGUGUCUAUAGCUCUUGAAAUUUAUGUCAAUAAACGAAAAGGGCUGUAGAUGCAUUUAGAAACAAUGAGAUUUUAUUAUGCAUUCCUAUACACCUACUGAACACGCUUCUUCAGUGGAAUUAUUGCUGUAUUCCACACCGAUUUCUUUGCAGCUCAAGUUGCUCAGCAGAAGAUAUACAAAAUGACUUGUUGGAAGAUACUUGAUAAAACUACUGAAUUGCUCACUCAAGCUUUCUUUUUCAUCCAAAGCCACCUUGCUCAGAUUAGUGCUUAAAGUCAUUUUUGGUGCACAUUUUCUGUGGUCUUGUAAAUAAGCUAUGUACGCAGACUUUCAUGUCAAUUUGAACACUGAAAAUUCGACAUUAAAGAAGCUAUGUAUUUAACUAAUAUUGCCCUAAAUUGUCUUUUUGACAUACGUUCUACACUGUACAAAAAGAAACCGGAAUUUUACAGUAAGCUAAGACACUGCAAUAUUUCUAUCUGUACAAGAAACAGGUGAGUAGUCAUACUGAAAAUACUUAUUUUUUGUUCUCCUGCACAGAAGACUUGUUAUGAUCCAAAAGGAUGCUUAUACAAUGGAUAUGGCAGAAAUGCCUUUCUUAAAGGUAAAUCUAUAAAGCUUAAUUGCCUUUCUUAGCUUAAAGCUAAGAGAUUCAACUUUAAUUUGGCUAAAAACAUGACCUGUAAUAUUUGCUUUGGAGAUGUUCUAAUGGAUUUACAGUGGUAUUUUGCAAUAUAUUCUACAACAUUGUAAGCUUUUAAGAUUGGAUGCUUUUAAAAUGUUUAACUUUUUGUAUCUGUUUUACCCUAGAAUUUGUAAAUAUUCCACCUACCCUUAUACUUGCUUUUUAAAAAGUACCAGAAAAUAUGUAUCAUAACUGUACAAUUAUUUAAUGAUGACACAGAAAAAGCUAUCGUUAUUACAAUUGUUGCUUGUAUUGUGGUUUGAGAAUACUUUAAAUGUAACCUGGGAGGUUAAUUGUGUUAUGUAGUAGAUUUGAAAUGCUUGCCUACACAGACGCUUUGGUAAAUAAAAAUAAGUUUUGCUA